GCAGUGCCGCUUUGUCUGCCUCUCUGACUUCAACACUAUACUGUGGUCUGCUGUGUUGAGUGGGGACCUCUUCGAUCGUGAAGCUUAAGGACAGACAGACAGAAUGAUUGAUCUGCAAAAUCUGAAGCAGCCGUCAGUUGCCAUUAAACUUGCUGAAGUCGUCCUGUUGAUCAUCGCCGUAUCGAUAUUCGCCGGCGAUGGCGCCCACUGGACCUUCUUCGCCAUGAGCACGAUGGUGGGGGGUCUCCUCAACGCCAUUGUACUUUUGGGGUGUUUCUUGCUAGGCUACAUGCAGAUUCAGAAGACCCCCUUUGAACUGGUGCUCAAUGUAUACUACACCUUGGCAGUGUUUGUGUCCUCCAUCUUACUCAUGGCGAGCGGGUACUCCCUCUUAGUGGCCAGCGGCGUCUUCUGCCUCUUCCUCACCUUCUUCUACGGCGCCGACAUCUACUUUACUUACCUCAACGUCUCUAACAGACCGACGUCCUUCCCUCCCACGUCCCAACCCGCCGGUUCCUCCCAGGGCACGCAGGACACGGUAGACACAGCCACUAAUCCGAACAACGUCUUCGUUACUAAUCCGACCUAUCCCUCUACCAUGAAUUAUCCACCGUCUACCAUGAAUUAUCCACCGUCUACCGUGAAUUACCCACCGUCUAGCCCGAACUACCCGCCACCCGAGUACCCUGCUAACAGCCCAAUUGGACCCAGGCCCUAAUUCGGAACCGAUGGGCAUUAACGUUAAGGUAUAGAUUUGGGAGGGAGGUGGGGGUGGGUGGGGGGAGAGUGAAUGAUUUUGGUGUUUUCCCUUCAGAGAAAAUUGUGAAAAAUGUAGUGUUACGCCUCUUUGUUGUACGUGUGGGAAGCUCGGCAGUUUUCAUGGAGAUCUUGAUUGUGAUUAAAGAAUGUACUUGCCAACUGUGCAAAGCAUACCGUACAUAGGUAAUUUGUAAUUUUGAGAGGUACAUUGUUUAAGGCCAAGGGAAAGAGAGAAACGAUGAGUGAUAUUAGGUGUGUUAUAACUGUCGUAUUAAUCCGGAGAGAAAACAAUAAACAUUCACACACACAAACACACCCACACACA